UCAAUUCAGUUCGCGCUCAACUCACAGACACGAUGGUCAUUCAAACGCGUUAACAAAUAAUAUAUUAAAAUAAUAUUCAAUAAACACAAUAAAUAAUAUGCACUAAACCACGCACUAAACCCAAACCAACGAAUUGUACAUAUUUGUGUAAAUAAAUAAAGCAUAAACAAACAUCAGAGAGAAACCUCGAAAUACCAAAUGACCGCUCAAGUUCCCAUACAUUGAGCUGGCCAAUCGUGUUUGAAAAUAUUUGUUUGAUCGAUUUUGUGCGGUGUGAACACCUUGUGAAGGCAUUUGCAAACCUAUUGCCAUAGCAAGCAAAGUGUGUUAAGCAGGAAAACACCCUCUAAAAAGUUUAUGUACUACCCCCUUCGAUCGGGUUAAUUUACCUGCCACAAGAAAACCGAGUUGAAUAUCUACCACUUCCUUUUUAAGCUUGUGUUAACGUGCUGCUGACUAAUUGCGUUUAUAUAGCCCGACUAUAUACAACUGUACAAUAAGACACGGCCAACUUUUUUAGUUUCAACGCCUCAGUUAAUGCUGCAAAUUGCUUCGCUCUCAAGUGAAGUUCUAGAUUUUCGCAGCGAAAACGUUUUUCAAUUGAUUUUCAUUGAGUGAAAAAGUCCCGAGAUCGCCUUCUUUUUCGGUUUCCAAUUGAAAGCAAUUGCAGCAGACCCAUAAAAAGUGAGCUGCAUUCCAAGUAGAGCAAGACAGUAACCACUUCAUCAUCACAACACCAGAUGCUGCAUAAUUAGCAUUUGUUGAGCGGAGCGUCGAAAAAAAGCGGAAAAUGUAUCUCAUACAGACUGUUCAGACCACUUGGCGGCCACAAUUGCCGCUGCCCAGGGAGCUUCAGCUGACCAAUGACCGGAACAGCGCCGACGACCACGAUUCGAAGUUGAUCACGACCACCACAACCACAGCGGACAUCCAUCACCACCGCCAGGAGGAGGACGAGGAAGAGGAUAUGGAUCGGAUAAGGGGCAACCACAGCAUUGGAGGAUCCUCGCAGCAGCUUUCUGGCAAACAGAAAUGGUCCUUCGGGAGGCUUUUUCGUAAAAAAAAGGAGACUGAAAGUGCCUCCUCUAGCGAAGAAGAUCGCAAGGCGGGAUUUGUGCCUGCCCAGCGUCAGUCAGCCAGCAAGCCAAAGGGAAAACAUGGCAAGGGAUCGCGGGGUAGCAGCAAAUUCGAUCACAUUGUGGUGAGUCCGCGGCAAGAGCAGGCUCCACCACAUCCUCCCCAACCGCAAGUCGACAAUGAGUUCUUCUUGCCUUUUGAGAUGAUACCACCGGAACCCUACUAUCAAAAUCAGCCGGGCUACUAUCAGCGAUCGAGUAACUCCCUGGACAGGAGAUUACUGAUGCAGCCUGGAGUUCAGGGAAAUGGUUACCAGCAGCCCAAAUCGCGAUCGGCGCAGCGAGGUCCCAAGCCACCAGGAGCUCACUCCAGCGAAGAGGAACUGAUCUCGCUGAACUCCUCCACAUUCUCCAAAUACCGCAGCGAUGAGAGUAUUCAUCUGGGUUCUGCUGCUGGACAAAGUCGGCGCAGUCGAGCGGCCCGUAAUGAGCGUUACUACAAGAGAUUGUCCCGGGAUGGCGAACCAAGUCAUGGCGGAGCACCCGUUGUGGCCCAGCAGCGAUACAAAACCCAGCCACUGCCGUUAUCCAUCUACCAGCCAACGAGUGCCUCCACUAGCUAUGUCCAGUGGCAACCGCAGCCCCAGAAGAAUCUGCAGAAUGCGAUGCAGAACGAUGGAAAGCGAAGCAUCAGCUACGACAGUCACAUACACCUGCAGAACAUGAAUGGAAGAAUGCAGAGUAAGCCAUUGCCUCCACCACCGCCUCCAAGGGAUCCUCUGAGGAGAGUGCAUGUUGGAGGUUCCGGGCAGAUUGGUUCCAGCUCUGGAGACCUCCGUCCCGUGUCCUACGCCUUCGAUCACAAUAGUCGCUGUGCGUCGGAUGAUCGCAUUUGGCAGCCACCCCACUACCAGUCGGUGCAUUCGCUCAACUCCCAGCCCAGUUCGUCAAUAGUCAGUGCACCAGUGAGUCAACAGCAACCGCAUCACAGGAGAUUCAUUACGCGAUCAGAGAGGAACGCAAAUCCUGGCAAGCAGUCCCUGCCGAAUGGUAUUGAUUUCCACUAUGUGGCAGAUGCAACACCGCGCUCCAGGAAGCCCAUACACAUGAUGGAUGCAGGCAGGAUAGACAAUACAGGAGUGCCAGCAUCCAGUGGAAUAUUGCGAACCUCCAAGAGUGGGCUACCCACACCAAGUCCCGCUCCCCAGCAGCCCUUGGCCAAACCGCGGUCGUUCUCCAGCUCGCGACUGAGUGAACUAAGAACCUAUCCCAUGCCUAUGUACUCCGAGGUGCAGAAGCCUAAGAGGAGUGCGCCACCAGUCAAUCCCUCGCCGAAUCAGGAUAACAUAGUGUGUGGGAGUCUGCACAUAAAACCCACGCAAGAGCAUGGAAACCAAAACUAUGUGGAGAUUCGUCAUCGGGAUGUGCACAAGAACAACUCAAUGCCGCAUCAUUAUCAGAACCGGCGAUCUGGCGAGGAUUUACCCAACAAGUACGAGGAGUACGUGGCAGAAAAGAGGGAGCAGCAUCAACAGGCACCUCCCCCAGUUUAUCCGGAGCGUAAAAUGAGCUCGACACCGGCAGUGGCACCACCACCCCCUGUUUACUUCCCCCGCAAGAAGCCGGCCAAUUUGGAGGAGGCCAUCAACGAACUGGAGGCCAUUUACAAGUCACUGGGACUCACUGAACCACCCGAGCCCGCACAGGAGCCAAAGCUGGAUAUUUCCGCCAAGAUGCGGGUGCCAACUCCCAGUGAUUUUGAAAAGUUCGCUUUGGCGCAUGCCGAUGACUACGAGGAUGAAGAUUCCCCAACCGGAGAACCUGACCCAAUCAGAGACGAUGUGGCCUUCAGGAACCUACAGUUGGCCAAUCUGCAACACCGGCCCUCGGAGAAACAGCCUCCAUUUGGCAUCCCUGUGGGACCCAUUGUACCUGCUCCACAGUCGGAUUAUCUUCACGUGGAGCCAGUGAGGGUUAAGAAGAAGAGUGGCUCUCCUGACAUCAUUAAAGAUGAUCUGGCUGUGCGUUCAUUGCGAAAAGAUCCUCCUGGUCCAAAAUCCAGUUUUGUUUACCCAAUGCAAAAGAAGCAACGGGCUAUUCGAACCCAAUCGGCUAAUAUAUACAAUCUGAUCCAAAGGGACGCUGCGAAACCAUCCGGUGGAGAUCUCAAAAGCUACAUGGAGCUGACUCGCAACCUGGCAAGAGCUGGCAGCAUGUCCAAUCUGCAGGGUGAGGAUGGUAGUGAUACCAAAGAUGUACCCGCCACCCUGGAUCUUCUCCGAAAGUUAAAAGCUCAGGAUGAGGAACUGGAUUUGGCUAGAAAGCAUCACCCCAUACCGUUUAGGCAUCCCAGUCAGGGAGGAGCUAUUGCCCAACUGCCAGAGCGAUUGUCCAAAGAGGAAACACCCAAGGCAGCGCCUGUACCAGCUCCCCGAAAGAGUCUGACUCCUGAACCCAUGUUGGAUGAUGCCCUCAACAAGAUUGCCCAGGAUGCGCAGGCCAGCAGCAUUAAACUUAGUCAGGAACUCCAUGAACUUCGCAAGGAGGCUUUGAUCACAGCUGCGAGACCAAAGUUGAAUGCAGAGCAACAGAGAUUAGAGGAUGAACUGCAGCAGAUUGAAGCUGUCUCCGAGGCAGCCAAGCGUUGCGGCCAGAUGCUGCUCGAAACUCUGCCAGAUGCGGGACAGGAGGGUCAGGAAACUCAGGAUAAGCCCCUAAGGAAGCUACAUAAGGAGGGCAAACUCAUCCGAGCUAUCGAUGAGGUCUCCGAAGCUGCUAAUGCGGUCUGUGAGAAGAUCCUCAAGGACAUAGUGACCACAGAACCACCGGUGGUAGUUCAGGAAGCCCUCCAAGUGAAGCAGACCACAAAGACUGGACCAGGAGGCGAACAGCUGGUGAUGCCGCAUCUUAUCAAGAAACUAGAUCCCAUACAAUCCGACAAGAUCGAGCACAUUGCCAGACGAUGCAUGCGGCAGUUGAGCGAACUGGCCAACAAUCCGGACUACGACAACCUGGCCACCUGUAAUAUGAGCAACAGCACCACCAACGCAACGGGCGGAGCAGCCGCUGAUGCCACUCUCGUUUGUCCCGUUCCAGAGACCCAAGCCAAGAGCCAGACGCUCGAGGAGAUUGACAAGAUCAUGCAGGAGUGCGAGCGUCAGGCGAAGAGCAGCAGCUCAACCACAACCACCGAUGAUCAGCGCACCACCGCCCCCAGUCUGACGAGUGGGAGUGGCAGCGGGAGCUUCCCACCCAAUGUGAGCACCACCGCCAGUUCGUUCAGCUCAAGCAGCGACUGUUUGGCCAAGUCGUCGAGUCCCUCGCGCGCCGGCCGUCCGCUCUCCUCGAGCAUCACCUCCUUCAAUCCAUAUUCCUCCAGCGACUACAUCAAGUCGCAGAGCAGUGAUUGCCACGCACCAAGCACCGAUCCGAUCAAGACCUUUAGCACCACCUCGUACGAGGUGCAGUCCACACCGCAGAGCACCACCAUUAGCACCAAUACGAUGAGCACGAGUCAGAGCAAUACGAUCAGUAGCACUACCAAUCCGAGUGUGGAGUCCAAGCCAUCCGCGCCCUCGGUAUCGCCACCACCGCUGCAGUUGACGCCAGUGGGUGAUCGGAGGGGCAGGAACCGGGAGCGAGGAGCUUCCUGCUCCUCCACAUCCUCACCUUCACAGUACAACUCAAGCGAGGAGCUGGCCGCCAUUUUUGGCAUCGAGGAGCAACCGAAACAGCAGCGUCGCAGCCGGCUGACGCAUAAUGCCACAGGUAACGGAGAUGAUCCCGCCACCACUGAGGCCCCGAGUUCGCCUGAUUCCGAUUCCGCCAACGCCAAUGACACUGCCAAUGCCAAUGCCAAUACUACUAAUCCCGCCCAGCUCGAUCCAGCUAAUAGCGCUACUAAUCCCGUUUUGAAUGUUCAACUUGAUGUUACUACUAGCACCUCCACCUCAGCCUCAACCACCCAUCCAACCUCUAACGAUAAUGCUAGCACUUGUAGUAGCCAUAGUUAUAAGCUAGAGACGAUUCCGGAGCAGGAUCACGAGGAGGUGGAGUCUACGCUAAAGUUGUCGCCCAACUUCAAUAGGAUUUAUGCCAGCAAAAUUCGCAUAGUAAUGGAUCGUGAUGAAGGGGCAAGUCCUCUGACAGAAGGAGGAGCGAAUGCAGCUUUGACUCAAUUCGAUUCCCUGAGUUCUCUGGAAGAGACCUCCUCCAAUCCGGACUCCGGGAAUGUAAGUCUCACGGAUUAUCCCCUGGCUAACCAUGCGAAUGCCUCCCUGGAACUGCAGACCGCUUACAAUAGUCGGUUUCAAGUGCGGGAGCAUUACGUAUCCGAGGUUUCCAUCAGUGCUUCGGAGUCAACGGAUGAGGAGCAGACGGACACGGAGUUUUUAGGAGAUGCUGACCGUUUGGAAACAGAUGGAUUUCCACCUUUACCUACAGAAGAAGAGUUAGAAGAGAGUCUACGAGAAGAAAUAGAACUAAACGAAAGUCUAAGUGUGGGAACUUUAAAUAUUCCUAGGGAGAGUAGCGAAGAAACCGAACCAACAGUGGGGGAAGACAGCUUAGCGCAAGAAGAAUUAAUAUCUGUAGUUGAAGAAUUAAACCUCAACGAAACUGUCAGUCUGAGCCAAGAGGUUUACAAUGUAACCACUGAGACCCUGCAGAGAAUAACGCCGGAUGAAGUAGAUGGUCUCAGUUUCGCUAUAAUUGAGGUUAACGAAAGCUUACUUAACGAAUCUGCAUUUGAUGAGAUGCACUUUAAACUAGCCGAAACGGAACUGGACGAUUCGGAAAUCAUAGACAGAAUGCUUGAGGCUUCGUUUGACGAGUUAGACGAACUAGAACUUGAGGACACAGAACUUGACGAAAGUCAACUUGACGAACAAGAAAUUAGCGAACGCCCAUUUAACGGAACCUAUAAUGAACUAGACAGCAUAGAUCUUGACGCCACAGAACUCAACGCCACUGGACUAAACGAAAUUUCAUAUGACCAGCUGGAGGAACUAGAACUUGACGAAAGCGACUCCGUAAUGCCGUUCACACGGCGCAAGAGCAUCGUUUACGAGACCCCGCAACUUAACCUGAGCAUUUCCGAGCUGAAAGUGAAUUACGAAACCCAAGUAGAGCCAGAAAUUAAAUCAGAGCCGCUCAACGAAGCCAUUAAAUCGAUUCACAAUAAUGAUGAAAGCACCGAGACGGGGCAGGCAGGCAGUGACGAAAAGGCAGAUGAAGAGGACGGCAGUGUAACUGAGACCCAGACACAUCGUCGCAAAGGACUUCCGGCGAAUCCCGCUAAUGAUGAUGAACGGCCGUCCACCAGCUGCAAGGCUCUUUCCGUUUUUGGCGAGGUGCGAACUGUGGCACCACUUGCACCACAGGCGGCUGCAGAUGCAGCUGGAGCGGUUGGUGGUGCAACGCGGGGCGGUUGGACUACACUCGAGCACGUAUUUGUCGCCUGCACUGUGGGCCUGAUUACACCGAACGAUUUGCUCACUUUGUGCCUGAUCGUAAUUGGUGUGAUUAUCAUUAUUGCAAUUGCGCUCGCCUGAGUGCGCCGUUUAUGGCCCAACUGUUGUUGCUGUUAUAUUGUUUGUUGUAAUUAUGGUGAAAC